AGGACAAGUUGGGUAAAGAACUCUUGGGGGAACCUGGAUGACCUUUAGUGAAAAGUACUGCCUAAAGGGAACCGCAGUAUUACACCAAAACAUUUCCAGUUACAGUUAAACAUUUAGAGCCUAUGACUUUAUGCACGGUUACUUCUUUUGGUGUUUUAUCUUCUGUUUUGCUAUACAGUAUUAAACAAGUCAAAUAUUGAUGAAAUUCUUGAAGAUGCUUAGAUUAUUAUUUAAGAAAAGUUUGUAUUAUACAAUUAUCAAUCCCAAGUUUACAUAUAAAGACAUUUAGUAGGAAUAGACCUAUAGGACCGUGUACAAGCAGAAAGAAGGCUUAAUUCCGUCAGGGAUAAGCUGAUAUUUAUGUGAGGACACAUUGCAAUUUGAUGUCCUGACAGUGUUCAUGUUUCGCCAGAGGCAGCCGUCCAUGUGCAGUAACUGCGGAAGUACGGUGUGAGCAGUAGGCAGAAAGAGUAGUCAGCAGGGAGAACGGUGUCAGCUGAAGACAUGUACCCGGCCAGAGGCAACACAGGACGGGAACUCUUCACCAGGGACUACAACAACAGCAACAACACCAGCAGCGAACGGUGGUGCCAGCAGCUGGAGGGCACCCAGGAAUGGACUCCUCAGGUGUAUGGCUCCCAGGACUCUCAGAGGAUCUCCUCCCUCACCUACAGACCUCCUCCACCCAUUGGAUCAUCAAGCCAGGGGGGCAACAGUGGACAAGGUGGAGGUGGUGGUCAGGGUGGGGGGCGUGCACCCCCUGCACCGCCCCUCCCUCAUCCACCCGACAUCCGGGACCUCACGCUCGCCAGGGACAUCAGGUUCGGCCUGCACACCAUACUGUGCGUGAUGCAGAAGCUGCCGGACGAGGUGAAGGAGGCGUGCAGGGAGGUGAGCCGAGCCUCGCUCCAGCCGGAGGUCACCCGUGGUCUCAUUGCCGACACCUCCAACAAACUCCAACAGCUCGUCUCCGACCUCCAAGACAAGCUCACGCACCUCCAUGCCACCCACAACGAUCAACAUUCACUCAGCGAGGAAGAGCUGGGUGUCCUGGUGAGUAAGGUGGAGGGAGCAGUGAGCCACGGCGGGCAGCAGCACGUGGCCGCCAUCAGGGCUAACAUCACCAACGACUUACGACGCCACCUCAAGAAAAUGCGUGAUUCCCUACAGGAACUGAGCAGGUGGUGUAGCCUUCUUGUCUUAACUCUUAAAUAUACACUAUUUACAUAAAUAUGAGCUGUAAACGUGUAUGUCUGUAUGUGUGGAGGAGGGGGGGGGGAGAGAUCACUUUAUGCGAUGGGGUUAAUUUUUUUUAAUAAGGAUAUCGGGAACACGAUAACAUGAGAAUAAGGGGGAAAAACACAGCUCCAGGCAAAAGAACAGCUGAAGCUGGCUCUGUACGUGGCUUUAGAAACGGGUAUGAUAGAGCUCACCUACAC